CGGGAAUAACAAGACCGCGGAAUAACAAAGCCAGCACCAGAAGCAAUGGGUAAUUUAGUGACUCAGAGCGACGAACUAGGAGAUAACGAUGUGAAAACGACCAUCAACUACCUCCUUCCUGAAUCAACUGUUGUUCGGAGGUACGUCUGCGCCGGUAAUGCCUUGAGUACAGGCCAAUAUAGUCCGUAUGAUGUGAAUAUAAGAGACGUGCGGCCGACGAAAGAAGAGUAUACCUUGGAAACCAAGGGGUUUGAACUCGCGACGUGCCCGACAAAAUGCGAAGACUUUAGUGAUAUGGCAAUUAUUGAACGAGACUAUUUUCCAGAACUAGAAGCGUAUAUCAGGAAAAGGACAGGGGCGGAUAUUGUCUUCUGCCACAUGCCCAGACUGCGACAAUCAAAGAAAGAUCCAGACCGCCGCGAUGUUCAGCCUGUUGCAGGUGAUGUUCAUGUCGAUGUCACCGAAGAGACUGCUCGGAACCUCGCUGAAAGAUGGUUGUACGAGCAGGGCAUGGCAGAUUACAAAUACAGCCGGAUACUGUUCAUGAGUACCUGGCGUGUUCUGAGCGACCCUCCUCAGGAUUUUCCUCUGGCGCUUCUUGAUCCCGACACUCUGUCAGACGAGGAUGGCGUGUUAUCCUGGCUGAUUGCAUGUCCAGAGCUGCCGAGUGCACCAUAUCCUCCACUACCGCCCCCAGAUACUACGAUGGAAGACAGGCUCGUGGAUCCACGACAGAUCGCCAAGGAGCACAAACUCAUCGGUGCUGGAUACGCAUUCCACUACAAACCAGACUAUCGUUGGGCCUACUAUGCCAAUAUGACCCGAGAUGAACUACUGUCAUUCAAGUUGGCUGAUACCGAUCACUCUUCGGCAUGGCGAGUCCCUCACACUGCCUUUUUGGAUGAUCGCCCAGGAACGGUUCCGCGCAGCAGUCUGGAAGUUCGGACUUAUUGUAUCUUCAAAUGAAGCGUUGCGGUCAAACGCCAUCUUACGAAUAUCAAAUGACACUGUCCGACGAGGCUCUCCUCUUCAGA